AUGAAGAAUGCUGUUAUUAUGUAUGUUCUCUUCAUAUUUAUUUUCUUAUCUACAGUGCCAACCAUUGAAUCAAGUCGAUGCUCAAAGUCAUGUUCAUUUCGUGGUAUACAAUUAAACUCUUCACUCCCAUCUGAUUUUUGUUCAACAUCAAAAUUAAAUGAUGAUAUUAAGCAACAAUGUAGAGUUAAAUUAACAAUUGAUUUUACUACGGGUCUGGUUAAUGGAUCAUUUGAUGCUGAAAACCGAUCGAUUUUAAGCGAAGAUGUGCUCAUGAUUGAAACUACUUUUUCAUUGAAUGAUACAUCAGUAAAAGUAACUAUUCGAUAUUAUUGUUCAGUAUCCGAUUAUUGUGAUAUCGACUUUGUACGUGAAACCUUAUCAUCAAAUUGGUCUGCAAUACAAGUACAACCUAUUCGUGAAAAACUUGUCUCUCGUCUUUAUAAUCCAGAUAAUACUGAUCCUAUCAAAUGUUUCAGUAAUGAUUCAUGUCCUUACAAUAAAUCGCUUUGUGUCGUCUCAUAUUUUUAUGUGCAAAGCAGUGAAAGUACAACCGUUAUAGGUAAAUGUCUACAUAUAACCGACUCACCAAAAGUUGAAUGGGUUCAAUCGUAUACCGCAAAUGAAAUAGGAAAAGGUUUGAAGGAAGGUGGCUCAUACUAUUGUAACACUCCAACCUGUGGAUAUAAUACCAGUGCUAUUGAGACAUUUCAGAUGUUAUCAGAUGAAUAUAUCUUGCCUCUUAAUUUGUCAGUGAUCAAUGCGACAACAACACAUAAACCUACGGAAACAACUCACUCAACAAUUACGUCGACAAUGAGAGUAACAACAACAUCAAACCAUGCAGCAUCUUUAUUUGGGUAUUUCUUCAAUACAGUAACCAUGUUCCUUAUAAUAACAGAAUAUUUUUGGAUUUCUUUAAUAAAUUAA